AUGCUUCCAAGUCCCGCGGCAUCGAAUACACCAUUCUCCGUAAAGGAUAUUUUAAAUCUAGAACAUCACCAGCAAAAGCAACCGAGUCCAGAUCUCCUGAGCAUAUCUUUGGACGCGCUACCUUCUCCUUGCAUGUUGGAGCCAGUCAGUCAGGCCAAAUACAGACCCGGCCAAGGCCUUGGAGGUGAGGUAAUCAAAUUCCUUGACCAGAAGGAUCAUGCAACACUUCCAUCCAGUCCGGAUAGAAACAAUGUCCAGCACUCUGGCGAUCUGCGGGUGGACUUCUCUCUUCAAAACGACCCCCAAGACCCAGAAGCAAAAUCGAUGGAAAAGAGAAUUAUACGGGAAGGGAAGAAAAAUGAAGAUUUCGAGGUUCCAAUGCGGAGGAUUCGCCGAAAACCGAGGAUCUUGUUUUCUCAAGCCCAGGUCUAUGAAUUGGAGAGACGAUUCAAGCAGCAAAGAUACCUAUCCGCCCCUGAGAGAGAUCACCUGGCAAACGUGUUAAAACUUACUUCGACCCAGGUCAAGAUCUGGUUCCAGAAUCGUAGAUACAAAUGCAAGCGGCAGCGACAGGAUAAACACUUAGAAUUUAGUUCAUCCCCUCCUGCUCCUCGCCGAGUUGCAGUGCCUGUGUUGGUUCGUGAUGGAAAGUCUUGUCUGGGAGCACCCCCUUCGUAUGGCACGCCAUAUAAUGUCAGCGUCGCGCCAUACAGCUACAGUAUUUACCCCAGCUGCGGCCCCGGCACCUGUGAGGGAGACUACAGUUGCAUGUAUUCGAGCAUGCCACCGGUGCAACAAAGUGCGUCUGUCAGUCCCUUUGUCAAUAUGGGCAUGAAUUUCAACGUUGGCAACGUCAGUUACCCCGCAACACCGUCUCAAGGCCACCAAGGCUCAGGGGUGUCGGGUUUGCAGGGAACCUUUCAUGGCAUCAGAACUUGGUAA